CACAGCAUCACUCAUCGCAUCACUUGGACAACUAAAGCUCAUUGUAUGGUCUUGAUAUUUCGGCUGGCGUUAUAAAAUCCGCUACGAAUCAUCACUCGAACUGUUUUUUAGGCAGUCCUUAUACGUUCAUCUUUUUCUGAAAAAAAAAUCUGCGUGGAAAAUGACUGAAUCGGAUGGGGGAAAUGUCAAGCACAGAAAUGGAGAAGCGGCUACGGAUUCAUGUUCUAGGGAUGAUGUGUUUGACGACACAUACAAGGAAAAAGAGGGUCCGAAACCUCCAAGUGUAAUAGUGUGGAAAAACGUCAUAUUGAUGUCUCUGCUGCACGUAGGGGCUAUCUAUGGAAUUUCCCUCAUCCCAUCCGCUGCUUCGUUGACCUUGGCAUGGUCUCUUCUAUGCUUUUUGAUAAGUGCACUGGGUGUAACAGCGGGAGCUCACAGACUGUGGAGCCAUCGGUCGUACAAAGCCACGUUACCACUGAGAAUAUUUCUUGCCACUGCAAACUCAAUGGCCUUCCAGAAUGACAUAUUCGAGUGGGCUCGUGACCACCGGGUGCACCACAAGUACUCGGAGACGGAUGCGGACCCCCAUAAUGCACUGCGCGGCUUCUUCUUCUCGCACAUCGGUUGGCUGCUUGUGCGCAAGCACCCCGACGUCAUCGAGAAGGGACGCAAGCUGGAGCUCAGGGACCUGAAGGAGGACAAGGUGGUCAUGUUCCAGAGGAAGUUCUACAAGCCGUCGGUGCUGGUGAUGUGUUUCCUUGUGCCAAUGUUCGUGCCUUGGUACCUGUGGGGCGAGUCUCUGUGGGUGGCCUACUUCAUCCCGGCGCUGCUGCGCUACACCCUAGUGCUCAACGCCACCUGGCUUGUCAACAGCGCAGCGCACAUGUGGGGCAACAGGCCCUACGACGUCAACAUCAACCCCCGCGAGAACCCCUGGGUCACCUUCAGCGCCAUAGGUGAAGGAUUCCACAACUACCACCACACCUUUCCCUAUGACUAUGCGACGAGCGAGUUCGGCUGCCGGCUUAACGUCACCACGUGCUUCAUUGACCUCAUGUGCUACCUGGGCCUGGCCAAAGAGUGCAAGCGAGUCUCCCGCGAGACCCUCGUGGCACGUGCCACCCGAACCGGCGAUGGAAGUGUCCGUGGCUGAAAGGUUCUGGGCCUCCAAUCCAGGGCCUACAGCACCCCACAUGGCUUUGCUUUAAAUGGCCAGGCUACUCCACCUUCAGAAACAUCCACAGAAAAACGAGAGCUCACCCAGAGUAGAAGGUGCAAUUUCUUAAUACAUUUCUUAGCUGCACCUCAACAACAACAAACCAACCCUGUGAAACUGAGACAAAAAAAAACGUCAGUUGUGCCCAUAGCUUUAUUUUUUCGGUUGGAAAUUUUAUGAGAUGUAGCCAAAUGUUGUUGUUGUUUUUUUUCCAUUGAUAUGAUCAUUAUUAUAUUACCAUUGUUGUAAGUAUUGUUUUGGUCAAUCAUUUCCAUAUUUCAUUCAAAAACAAUCAAUCGGAUCUUUACAGGAGGUUUAUAUUAUUAUUAUUAUUUAGUGUGUGCACUGAGAAGCUGCCUUUGGUUACGUCACUGCUGCAUUUCAUAGUGUUUACACUUGGGGUGGAACGGGUCUCUGUGUGUGUGUGUUUAUGGAAGUGAGAAGACGCUCGAUGUGAUAAAGGCACCUAGUCUGGGAUGCAUACUACUACUGUAUACAGUGCCAGCACAAACAAAAAAAGAAAACCCAACAGAGAGGCAAACGUAACAGGCACCCUCUCUGUGGUAUCCCUUGGAAGACAAAUCUUGAUCAUGUGUGCGUCAAUGUAUGGCAUAGGUAUAGGCCUACAGUGCAGGAAGCCAUUUCAUAAGGCCGCCUUGUUAGUGUGCCAGAGAUAUAGCCUAUGAAGAAAAACAUAUUGUAAGAAACCAAAUCGAUUUUGAAAAUGUGCCUGCCAAAUUCAAAUUAAUAAUUGCCCUUAUCCCCACUAAAAGUACAAUUUAUUAACUUUAUUUAUUAUACUAAUCGAGGCCUAUUUUGUAUUUCUACAAUGUGGUGGCGUGGUUGCCACCUUCUGAAAGAUGAACAAGCAAAAGAGAGGAAUGUUACUAAAAGGCUUAUUCGGAUUUUCACGAAUGAGCACCAUGAGCACGAGUAAGAGAGAUAGAUAGAUAGAUUAUUUAUUUGUCUUUGCAGAGGAGAAUGGAAAGGUCAGAGACACACGUCACUGCUCAAAACUAUGUCUUUGCUACUUAAACGGCAGACAUGUACAUGUAAGGAAGCGUUCGUUACUGCUGGAUUCAAACAACACUGCCAUCGAGUUAAGACGAGUGAAUAGUUCUUCUUCGUCGCAUGUCACUGUCAGCUGAGGACCUUAGUUAACUACCUUCAAGGUGCUCAUGACAGUCGCUACUGUCAACCGCCGCUGUUCCGCUCGGUAUUUUUAGCCGCCACAACACGUUGUGUACAAUGCCUGAUGCCAUUGCCUGCUUUCGCUUCACAUCAAGCUGCCGACAGAGUUCAGUGAUAUUGGUUUCUUUAGGCACUACAGUAAAGUAGACGUGUAGACGUAAAGACGUGAAGCUAGCUUGGCUAAAUAUUGCGGAGGGUGCGCUCCUGGUUUACCCACAAAUCACACCUCUUAUUUUGCUGAUAUUGUGUUUGGUGAUGCUAGUUGGGUUACAUAAUGCGGACCCUACAGAAGUAUGUACACAGAGUCAGGCAGGAUUCGAUUUGGAGUUGGGGAGUUGGGGAUGGAUGGCAUUUCCUUCUUUUCUUUCUGGUUUUGUUACCCCCACUUCUGAUAAAUGAUUUGAAUAUCUUGUGGGGGCAAUGAUAUCCUAGCAACUACUACUCCACUGAUGUUGCUUUAAUUCUUAAAAAGAAACACCCCUCCUGAUUUAUUUUUCAACAAAUCACACCCUGCAUCAAAUCGCAUUUGACAAGAACUUGUUCAGAGUUGAUGUGAUGAGCUUUUCCACACGGCUGGAAAUCCUUGGUUUAGAAAUUGAAAAGUCCUGCUAGAUUUAUUUUGUUGCAAAAAAAUCACCCAACCAGCUGAUCCUAUUUAGAUCCCCCCACCUUCACUCUUCUGCCAGAUAGAACUAGAUGAAGAAGUCAGAGAUUCUUGGAGUAUUAUCUCUGGUGAAGUUGCCUAUGUUCCAAAACUAGAUGGUGAGGUUACCUGUGUUCUAGAACUAGGUGGUGAAGUUACCUGAGUUCUAGAACUAGAUGGUGAAGUUACCCGAGUUCUAGAACUAGAUGGUAAAGUUACCUGUGUUCAUAUUCAAAGCCAGAAGUACUAUUAAGCAGGACUUUAACUUAAUCAAGCUAAUUUGCCUGCCUCUGUCCAGCUUUUUUUAAGAAGGCAUUGAGGAUAAUUCUUAAAGGUGCACUGUGUAGGAUGUGGGCAGAGUAGGUAUUGCAACUAUGCUGUGCAUUGAAACUGUGCUGCCUAUUGCCAAAUUAGUUCUUUUUCCAUGCAUAUUUAGUAAAUAAUUAACUAUCAUUUUCUAGUAUGAACAAAGUACAGUAAGUUUUGCGGCUAAAAAUGCCCAUUUAUGGAAAUUUAAAAUGGCGGACAAUUGAGAAGAUCCCCUUUUUUAUGUAUGAAAAGUGCAAUUUUCUUAGUCAUAAUGAAUACCGAUACUUAGAAUUUGAUGGUGGUGGUGGUAAAUAUUUGUUAAAAAGGUAACAUUUGUAAAUGGGCAUCAUGAAUUCUGGAAAUGAGCUGCUAAAAAUAUUACACAGUGCACGUUUAAGAUAUUAUUGUCCUCAACCCACUUAAAUACGUCACAGCUAUUUCUCAGCUUCUUUGCAAUAUGGUCAAUUGUAACUGUACAUGAACAAUCUGAUCAAAAGCAUGGAGAUAUGUUGGCAAGAUCUUUUUUACUUUCCAGCUUUAAUAAAUAGGCUUUACUGCUAGUGCUGUUCUCAUCUGUGGAGGUCCAAUGCUACCCCAUAGUCUAAACUAUCACAGACUGACUUGGUUUUCACAAUGCCAGACUAGUUACUGUAGUUGAGCUUUGAAUUGUACAGAUUUUGUUUAAUGUUUUUUGUUUGUUUUCCAGAAGUGGUCUUGGUUUUUAAUUAUGUUGUUUUGUUAUUUUCAGAGGCAUCUUGGUGUUGGCCUCGUGAAAGUAAAUGUAAUAUAGUUAAUUAAGACCGUUUGUACUGCAUGCUAAGAACUACUGGAAGCUCUGAGGAAAAAAAACAACGUUGUGAACAUUUUCUUUUCCUUUCCUUUUUUUUCUUGCCAGUGGCAAUGUGUUUUAUAAGAAGUUUAAUUAUUUUACAUGGCCAAAGUGACUGAAAUAUCCCAAGAUGUUUUCUUUGUUUAGUUAAUGCUUUUUUGUUCUGUUGUGGUUUUUUUGCUUUUCAAUUUUUUUUCCAAAUAUGUCGCAUCUUCUAUUUCUGUAUCUACAAAUUGCCGUUGCUUGUUGUCUGUGAUGGAUGGGAAAGGGAUGGAUUAUCAAUUUAGCAACUCGUCAUCUUGGUAAAAUAAUCCCCCAGUUUUUUUUUUUUCAGGAUUGUCUUCACACCCUCAGUUGGGAAGAACAUGUGAUGAUGCCCCUUUAGGAUAAUUGCCUAAUUGCUCGUAGAAAUAGUUGUCACAUGCAGAAGUUCAUUUAAAUAUUUUCUUCAACCGUUUCUGCUUACGCCUUCAUCUGUAGGCGUCUGUAUAGCCCCUUGCUGAAGGUGUAAGGAGAAGUGUUGGUAGAAUAAAAUACCACGUUUGGAGUUCUGUGUGUGAUGUGAAAUUUAAAUCUACUGCUUUUGCAUACCAACUACCUAACCAAUUGGCCAUAGGCAACAGGCCAUUUGUCCAUAUCUCCACAAAAAUGACCACAGUGAUUAUUUUAGCAAGGUGAAAAAAACGAGUCUUGGGUGGGUGCGACUGAUUCUCUGCCGUUGCUGUUUCUAGGUGUUAUCUAAGUGAAAUUAACUGAGUCAGGAAAUUUAGCCCAUUGCCUUAUAAGCCCUGUCCCCCUUCCCAAGUCAUCUCCAAAUCAAAACCAGUAGAGCCGAAUGGAGAAGCAGUGAAAAACAAAUAGAAAACACCGCGUUGGAUUGGCUGCUUUUGGUGUUGCGAUUCUGACUCUUGUUUUGUUAGGACUACGUCCACAUGGCUCCAUUUCUAAACUGAAAUGUAAUAGCUCUUGGCCAUGUUUUUUUUUAAAUUAUUAUUUAUUUAUUAGUUGCUGUCCAUAUUAGUCUGUGGUUUUGUGUCUGUAUAACAUCAGCCAAUGAUGGACUGAGGACAGUCAGAGCCAAUUGAAAACGGCAAGACAGGAAUUAAUCACACAGUACUGUGUGUGUGUGUGUGUGUGUGUGUGUGUGUGUGUGUGUGUGUGUGUGUGUGUGUGUGUGUGUGUGUGUGUGUGUGGACAGAUAUUGUUAAGUUGAUUUUUUAAUUAUAACAAAAGCAGAAGCUAUAUGUGGGCGUAGCCUUAAAGAGCAUGUCCUUGAACAGUGAAUUUUGCUUUGUCAUUUCAACACUUAGUCAGUCAAUGUAACAUCUUCUAGAGUGUUUGCUCCCAGAUGACUGAUAGUGUUGAAAUAACACUGCAUUUUUCUUUACUGUGUGGCUAUAUGACCAAAUCCUCUGAUCAGACUCCAGAAGAAGGUAUCGUCUGCAGCCGCUUUGCCAAUGCAAUGGGUUUGUGCGGUUAUAAAGUCACCAAUGAACUCCCCAUGAUUAUGAAUUAUUAUGCCCAUGUUGGCGUCCCUUAAUCUCAUCAAAGCCCAGUCUAUCCAGCCAUGCUUUCACAAAUACUAGGCCAAUACACUCACUCUCCUUUCCAAGUACAUGUGUACUGCUACUACUACUGCUGAGGCUAGUCUAUCUUGAUGAAGACCUUUCAAUUCCAAUGUAUGAUUAAAAAUUGAUUACUUGUUUCUCUAACUUUUUGCAGUGCAAUUAUUGUCCAGUGUUUCUUGAAUUCUUAAAAAUGCCUUAAACUUCAUCUGGCACACUUUGCGAGGAAUGUUGUAUGUAACUUGUACAUAGAGCAGAUUUUCUACCCGGUGGGAAGGAUUAAAUGUUUUUUUUCUUUCUUUUUUCGUCCUGUGUCAUGCCACAGUAAUAUUUCUCUCUAAAUCAAAUAAAAAAGGCUAUUGUACAA